UCAGCUUUCAAAUCUGCUUUCUUCUUAUUUAUGCAUUUCAGUCUGUGGUGGCUUUUAACAUUGAUGCAAAGGCAUGGAAGACCUUCAGCCAAAACCAAAACAUAGCCUUCGGAUACAGAGUGAUACAGAAUGACGCAUCUAGUUUGAUCGUAAGUGAUCCAUUAAUACAAAGUCAGAAUAAAAGAGGACAGCUGUACAAGUGUGACACUGCAAAUGACAUUGUAAAUUCUUGCUCUGAAAUAAAAAUCAAUGUACCCCAAGAGGCCAUCAAUAUGUCCCUUGGUCUUUCACUGACAAAAAGUCCAACAUCUUCAGAAUACAUAGCUUGUGGACCAACAAUUCCCAAGGACUGUAAAGGAUUAACCACUUACAACGGCAUGUGUUUGACGAUCAAACCCAACAACGCUCAAUCACCACGGAUGCCAGAAAAACUGCGAGACUGCCCGACUGUCCCGACAGAUAUCGCUUUUUUGUUGGAUGGCUCUGGCAGCGUAGAUUCAUCGGAUUUUACUACAAUGAAGAACUUUGUUUCAACGCUUGUCAACGGAUUAAAAGACAGGAAUUUUCGGUUUGCUGUUGCACAAUUUUCAAGAGAGUGUACAAUACACUUUGGCUGGUCUUCAGACAUUACUCAGAUGAGCAGAAUCACCCAACAAAGAGGUCCUACCAAUACUGCCAAAGCUAUCAAUAAACUCGUCGAUGAAUUAUUUAUAAGAUCAGCCAGAAAAAAUGCUAACAGAGUCUUGGUGGUGAUCACUGAUGGUGAAUCAACUGAUGGUGGAAAUCACCUAUACUGGGCUGCUGUAAAUGCACAGAAUAAUAAUAUAAUACGUUAUGCUAUAGGGGUUGGUGAUGCAUUCCGAAAACAAAGCGCACAUCAAGAGUUGCAAAUGAUUGCAUCAUCUCCAGCUGAUAAAUAUGUAUUUCAAGUGAGGGACUUUAGUGUAUUAAACCAAAUCCAAAAGACUCUAGAGGCAAACAUAAUUGCAAUUGAGGGAACACAGACAGGUGAAUCUGCUAAGCUGGAAUUUGCACAGGAUGGUUUCAGUGCCGGCUUCGCUCCAGACGGCGAAGUCAUAAUGAGUGCGGUUGGAGCGUAUCAGUGGAAAGGCGGAUACCACUAUAGAAAUGUAUUUAAAGAGGGCAACGAUAUUGACAGUUAUACAGGUUAUUCUAUGGCGGUAGCGAAAACAAGUUUUGGUAUGUUUGUUAUUCUGGGAGCUCCGAGAGCAGAGCACAAGGGAAAAGUUAUAUUGUCUUCACUGCAGACGAGAAAUAACUAUUUGGUGAAUUCCCCAGAGCCUCAGAUCGGUUCGUACUACGGAGCCGAAGUGUGCACGGUGGACCUAAACUCCGACAGCUAUGCUGACCUUUUUCUAGUUUCAGCUCCACUGUAUUACAAAGACGAUCAGGAAGGAAAGGUCUUCAUCUUUACAAUUUUGCACCAGUCCAGUGGAACACCGGUAGAACACGUCCAGACGCUUAAAGGAAUGCCAGGACAGAGGGGCAGGUUCGGUUUGACGCUGGCAAGCCCCGCAGAUCUGAAUGGGGAUGGUUUUGUCGAUGUGGUUGUCGGAGCACCUCUGGAGGGCAACGGCCAGGGCAGCAUCUAUAUCUUUAACGGAAGACAAGAAGACAUCAACCCCACCUAUUCACAGAGAAUCAGCGGUUCGUCUGUAAGCACUGAGCUACGCUUCUUUGGUUUUUCUCUGAGUCAAUCUGCUCUGGACCACAGUAAAGACAAUCUGCCAGAUCUUGCCAUUGGCGCCAAAGGAGCAGUCUUAGUUUUAAGGUCCAGACCCAUAGUACGCUUGGAGACUUCUGUAACCUUUAACCCAUCAAAAAUCCCCACUAACGACGAAUGUGUGCAUCCCUUGAAGAACACCCUGACUGUGUGCUUCACCAUGACUUCUAAGACAGCAGGCUUAUCUGCUGAGAUCCAAUACACAGUAAAACUCGAUGCUAAACGACUGAGCUAUCGGGCCUUUUUUUCUCCUAAAAACAAUGUCAAGUCUGACAGCUUAAAAAUAAAUUCUCAGAGGGAAUGCAAAUCAUAUGAAUUCUCUAUAGAGGCGUGUCCCAAGGAUGCUCUUAACCCGCUGAUUAAUGAGAUAAGCUUUCAAUUCAAAGGGCUUCCAAACCAGAGGGAUUUAAGUCCAGUUCUUCAUCCUUCUAUAAAAAACACCUCCGAUCACAAUCUGGGAUUUGAAAUAAACUGUGGACCAGAUAACAUUUGCAUUGAUGACCUUAAAGUGGAUUUUAACUUUUCCGGGGCCUCAGACAUAAAAGUUGGAAUAAUGCAAGAAAUGAACGUGACUGUCUUCGUGCAAAACAGAGGGGAAAAUUCCUACAACAGUCGAGUAAUACUUGAAUAUCCGUUCGGACUCUCCUUCAGGAGGUUUACCAGUAAACAGGGCAGACUGGAGUGUAUGUCUGUGGACAGUGACCAAAAAGCUGACCUUGGCCAGACCACCUGCUAUAUCAGUAAACCCAUUUUUAAAAACAACGCUGUGGCAGUCUUUGAGGUGACAUAUAGCAUAAACAAAAAUGGCAACUUUGACCGUAUGGUGAAAUUCACUGCAACUGCUUCCAGUGACAAUGACAAGCAUGCUGAUACCAGUGAAGUUUCCCAAAGUAAAACCAUUGGUGUGAAAUAUGCCAUCUAUGUUGCCAUGAUAAGACAUGAGCAAUCAAGCAUCCACAUUAACUUCACUGCGGGCAAGAACGACCUCCAGAAACCAAUUCAACAAGUGUUAAAGGUGCAGAACGACCUCAGAGAUUUGAACUUCACUAUUUUUAUCAGAGUACCUGUGAAAUUAGGAAAUAAAAACAUCUGGGCCAGUAAAAACAUUGAGAUCGAAGGUUGUACUUAUCAAAAAGAUGAUCCACCCCAAACACCUGAUUUUAAAGCAACACUACAAAAACAGCCUGAACUGAAUUGCUCUGUGGCUGCUUGCAGUGUGUUUGCAUGUGAAGCAAAUUUAACCAGGGGGGAGAUCAAAUUCUACAACAUUUCUGGUAACGUCAGCUCAGGAUGGAUCGAACAGACGGGACUCAGAUCAGCGAUUUUUGAACUGGUCAGUACAGCAACUAUGGACUAUAACCAAACGAAAUACAUCUACUUUUCAUCGGAUUCUUCACAUAUCGCACCCAGUUGUAAGAUGAAUACCCAGGUGGAGGUGUAUGAGGAGAAAUUCCCCCUUAAGGAGAUCAUUGGAGGAGCAAUAGGGGGACUGUUGCUUUUGGCUCUCAUUGCUGCUGGUCUCUACAAGGCUGGCUUCUUUAAAAGCAACUAUAAGAAGAUGCUGGAGGAUGCUGGUGCUGAAGCCACUGGACUGGAACCUGGAGGAGAAUCAGCCCCACCUCAGUGAUCACAGAGCUUUUUAUGUUAUAUGCAAAAUUUUAAACUAACUCCUAUGUGUGUGGUAUGAAAUGUACGUCACAUAUUCAGUAUUAUUUAAUGCCUUUAUUAACAAUACUUCAGUAUUACUGUGUGCUUUACCCUAGCAGGUUGUAAUGUAUUAGUAAAAAAAUGAAAUGACUGUGUUGAUGCCAAUACAUUUGAACAGAAACUGGACCAAUGAAGAUACAUUUUGGUAAAGCUGUAUUGUUUGUUGUAACAUUUUUUAAAUUUCAUAUCAUUACAUGCAGAACACAAUUAAAUGUAAUUAGAAACAUGCUGACCAACUAAAUUAUUUUUGAUGCACAGAGCCGGUCCCAACCAAUGUGGUGUUCAAUUGAACACUGAACAAAUUAUAAAUACAGUAUAAAUAACAAAUAAAAUGAGUUUUAAGCAUG